ACAAUUUUAAAAGCUUAAUUAUUUUCCCACCUUAGCUUUGCCCUAGGCCUUGCCAACUGAUAACAAAAUAUGGAUUCAAAAUUAACUCUUUUCCUAGACUUUGCCAAAAAGAAAAUCGUGCUGUUUAUAAAAACUAUUGACCAAAAAUGGGUUGACAGUUCAUUAUUUUCCCAACCUUAUCCCUUGGCUUCUUUAGAAAGAAAUUCGUAAUGUUGAAGAAAACUGUCAACUAAACAUAGCCUCAAAGAUGAGAAACAUGAAUUAGAUUUUAACAAUAUCAGGUUCAUUUUUGUUGGUCUUUGAGUUGCAAGAUUUGGAAGCAUCUUGGUCUCCUUAUGGUGACGCCUACUAAGUAAUUUUACUUGGUUUCCCGUCGUGAAACUAUAACAAGAAACCGCGCGAAACUUUUAAUUUUUUUGUCAUCAGACAUAUAAUAACAAGAAAGUGGAUGUUUAUCUAGGCUUACAGAAGACAGACACGGUGACGCCACCACUCUCUCAAAGGGUACAAUAGUUACUGAAACCCAAAUAAUCGAAGGGAAGUGAACUCAAAGAGGAGUUAAAUAUGUAAGUUACUCAGGUUGAAUACUGUGCUCAAAAAAGGCAAUGUAAACAAAAACCGAAACAAAAACAUCUUAUCUAGUGGAGCAAGUUGACGGCUGUCGUUUCUUAUUAGAACGAAAAUCUAAGUGAAUGCGUGCCCCCAUCUGCCCUCUUUGUACCUGCAAAUUAUUUUUAACUUCGAAAAUGGUAUUUAACCAAGCCGUAGGUGUAUAGAGCGAAUUUUACUCCUUCGCUCACUCUUUCGCUUCCUGUUAGACAUUUUAAACAUAAAUGCAUAAUGAGCUAUGCCGACUAAUGCACAAGGAAAAUUCAUUUCACCAACUCACCACGCAGUUUAAUAAGUCGAAAAAGGAAUUUGGCAGGAUGGCAAGUCUGCCUGCGGAUGAACGGAACAGCUGAAUGAAUGAAAACAGAGCACACGCAAGAGCCGGCAGUUCUGCAGUCACUGUUAUCGGCUUGAAUAGAAUAGUCACCCAUCCAUAUACUAGCCCCGCCGAACAGGGCUUAACUUUGGUUAUCAAACAACACGAGACACGAUUCUUUCCUUGCGGUAAAGUCUCAGACAAUUAAGGUGCUUUCACGGUAUGACAUCCCUUAUGUAUUCUGUUCCCGUUACAUAUGUUUUACGCUAUUUCUUAACGAUGCAAGCGAGCUUUAACUUCACUUUUCUCCUCUCGAGCUCGAUAUAUAAAUGAUCUAUGACAUAUGGUUUAAAAACUCCGUGCAGUGGUUACAGACCGUGAUCUAUUUUCCAAUGUCAGUAAUUUACCUCAAAGCCAUUUUGAUUUCAACACAAAUUUUCGUGCGGAACUCCGCAGUUGAAGAUCACGGACUAGCGAUAUAAUCCCCUCUCAUCAGCUCGCGUAGCCAAUCAUAGUGUAGGAUUUGGUUCAUGUUGCCCUCUCGCGAAGCAAACCAUAUGAAAAGUUUAUAGUCGUUGCACAUGGCAAGACGAACCGCGGAAAAUUUAACAAGAAGGUUAUAUCGACUUUGCUACCCAGAAAAAGAAGGUUAAUGCUGUCUCUAGAAGAUUAUUCAGAUCCCUGACUUUUGAAAAAAUCAUUUAUGGUGAGAGCUGUUUCUUACUGGAACGUUGAAAAUUUAAAAUAUCAUGCAAAAUAAGGGAAUCAGGUUCUGGCUUGUGCGUGUCUUAAAUGAAAUAGCAAUGGUAAUUCAUAAUGGCUGACAGGGUGGCUAAGAUACGUGAUGCUAUCUCCCGUUUAUAUCGCCCAAAAUAGCAAUGGUAAUUGAUAAUGUCUGACAGGGUGGCUAAGAUGCGUGAUGCUAUCGCCCUUUUAAUUCUUGACAAUAACAGGAGUGAAAAUGAUGCGUCGUUACUCCCACUUGUGAGGCGACAAUGGAAGAGCGAUGUUGGACAGAUGUUGGACAAAGGAAUGAGACAUUUCCAAUUCGUGAACUGCAAAAUAGCACACGCUUCAUACCAAGCACAAGGAAACUAAUCAAUAUUUCGUUAUUCUUCGCAAUUAGUGAGAUUCAAAUAUGACAAGACAAACACCAUUUCAACUAAAAAAAAAAAAAAAAAUGGUGAAUAACAAAGAAAUUUACGAUAAUAUAAAACAGGAAAGAAAACGCAAAGAACCCUCGUUUCUGUCAUUAAAAACCUAAAAUUGGCAAAAGACGUAAAAGACUCCCCCGGAUAAUCAAAGGUUGAGGUUUUUUUAUCUGUCAAGAAAAAGCGAAAUAUCAUUCGCCUAUUUACACAAAUCAAACACCUUUCGGUCCCCUUUUUUUAAAAUCAUUUCACUUUUAUAUAAAAAAAGUCUAUUUAUUUACGACACAGCAAAAUAUCCUUUAUUUUGUGAUUUCUUUUCGUGCCGCUUUGUGACGGUUCGGUGUUGGGAAAUCGAAAAUGGAUUUUUUUUUUUUGGUCUUUUAAUACGUGACGUGAGAAUGACACAUCGCGGUGUCCUAGUAUAAACAAAACAUUAAUUUGUCUCUCAGGAAAUUAUAAUUUUCUGGCAAAUUUAUUCCUUGCAGGUUUAGCAGCUAUACUAAAGGAAGACUUUACUUUCAUAGCCAGACAAAAUUUCAAGUUUUGCGAUCUCGUAUCACAUACAGAAGACGAAGUCUGACUGAGGGGCGAAACUCCGCGAGGAAAGAGUUUAGGUAGACUUUCCUCGCUGCGUGAAGCUUCUUUGGAAAAGUCGUAUGAACUCCGUGGUUUCUUAACAUGAUUCUGUGGCAACUCCUUCCAUUCUGGUUCCUACCCCUUGCCCAAGCACAGCCCUCUACCAAAGUACCCCUAUACAUCGGCUCAAUGGCCCCUCUCACGGGGAAGCGUUCCUGGUGGGGGGCAGGCAUCACUGUUGCAAUGCAAAUGGCUUUUGAGUACAUCAACAACAGCUCUGAUGUUUUACCAUUUCAUGAACUGAGAUUGUUGGCAAAUGACACAAAGGGAGAGACUGGUCUUGGCAACAGAAUCCUUUAUGAUUACAUCCGAGAAGGGAGACCGUCAUUGGUUUUGGGGCCUGGCAGAUCAAACGUGGCGCUCUCUGUGGCGGACACCGCAAAGUACUGGAAAAUGAUUCAGAUUUCAGCGUCGGCAGGGAGUGGAGACCUUUCUGAUUCGAAGACCUACCCUUACUUCUUCCGCACUAUCUCGUCAAUAUCUGCGUCAAAAUCUACCUUUGUGGCCCUUGCCAAGAAAUUCAAAUGGAAGCGAGUAUCGAUACUAUUUUACAGUAGAGAUAUGUACAUCAAGGCUGCAUCUGACCUUAAGGAGGAAUGCGAAAGUAACAAUAUAACUGUGUUGUCGUACGGGAGCUUCAGAGACAGAAAUGAUGCUGACAACCAACUAGGACACAUCAAGGAUAUUGAUGCAAGGAUUGUGUUCGCCUUCCUACAGUUGACGACGAGUGUUAUGUGUCUGAUUCACAAGCACAACUUGUACGGCAGUAAAUACGGGUGGGUAUUGCAUACUCCUGACUCGCGAGGCUGGUGGAAUCGAACGUACCCUUCCCUGGACUGUUCUCCAAAACAAGUAAACGAGGCAGCGGAAUAUGCCAUUUCCAUUGACCACCUUUAUAUAAGCAAGGACAACAGGUCGACUAUAUCUGGGUUGACUCCUCAACAGUUUUCCAAAGCCUAUGAGGUAUAUGCAAAUAUAACAGACGUUCGGAAGUCUCUCUAUGGGCCUUUUGGUUUCGACGCUGCCUGGUUAGUUGCCAUUGCAUUGAAUUCUUCCAUCAACAUGUCAAAUCCACGAUCAUUGAACAUAAUGGAUGUAAGAGAAGAUAAUGCAACGGAAACUAUCAAGGACAGUCUGCUUAACGCGAGAUUUCCAGGUGUAACGGGUGAAGUUCAACUGGAGAGCAAUGGAGACAGAAAAGGAAAGUUUGAAGUUUUUCAACUUAUAGGAAGUGAGUUAGGCCUUAUAGCUUUUCAUGAUGCCACAAAACCGGAUAAUCUCACGUAUUACAAUGAAAUGAAUUUUCAAUGGAGAGAUGGAAUAUCACCUCGUGAUCACAUUAUCUAUAAAGACAAGUUAAUCCAACUGUCUCAAGGGAACUUCAUCGUCAUAUGUGUUGUGGCUUGCAUGGGAAUAUUGCUCUGCUUUGGAUUUUUACACUUCAAUAUUGUGAACAGAAAGGAAAGGUGCAUUAAGAUGUCAAGUCCUAAUAUCAACAAUGCAAUAAUUGUUGGUUGUAUUCUAACGUAUGUCUCAGUGAUUCUUUUCUCUGUGGAUGGCGAAAGACUAACCAGCUUUAUUUGUAAGGCUAAAGUAUUCACCCUGGAUAUCGGGUUUACAAUCGCUUUUGGAUCGAUGUUUUCAAAGACUUGGCGCGUUCACAGAAUCACUAGAAAAAUCCGAGUGCGCAGACGGGUGAUUAAAGACUAUCAUUUGUUUGGAAUGAUCUUUGUUCUCCUGUUUUUUGACGCUGUAAUCAUCAUAAUAUGGUCCUUAGUAGAUCCUUUGCGUAAAGAUGAGAAGUUUCUAAGCAACGAGACUAAUGACCCACAUGCGGACGUUAUCUACCGGCCUAUGAUAUAUCACUGUGCAAUGACCAACUCAUCUGUUUGGCUUCUUUUGGUGUACGGUUUCAAGGGAAUUCUUCUUGUAUUUGGAUUAUUUUUAGCGUGGGAGACCCGUAAGGUCAAGAUAGCAGCACUGAAUGAUUCACACCACAUCGGUAUGGCUGUGUACAAUGUGUUUAUUGUCUGCACAAUAGGAGUUCCUAUGGCAAUUUACAGUGAACAGCAAGAGUAUGAAAUCUCGUUCUACGUCAUAACCGUCUGUAUUGUAUUCUGUACCACUGUGACGUUGUGCCUUGUCUUUGUACCUAAGAUAAGAGCAAUGAAGAAAAGAAACCUGGAAGAGGUGCACGAUGGAUUUCCAACAAAUGGAAUAAAAUACGAAACCAAGGAGCUCAGUGAUCGCCAUGAAAGUAUGAAAAACAAGGAACUACAGAAAGAGGUUGAACGACUUCAAAAGUUGUUGGAGAAGACACAAAAGGAAAAGGACAGAAUGAAUUCACAAAUGUCACAGCUGAUUCCCAAACCAAGUUGUGUGGUGUGAAUCUUGCUAAAAGAAACUUAAGAAGAUGAAAACUGUCAUUGCUCUUCAUAUUUGUACGCACAGGCCUAAGAAGUUGCAAGCAGAAAUAUGCCGCUAAGGGAAAGCUAGAAUAUCAGAUUAACAGUAAAGCUCGAAUGCGGUCAACCAAAGAAAAUAUCAUUUAACUGAAGAUUCUGUUUAUAACCUAAUGGAGCUGGUUAUUCAGUCGAGAGCUAGCUGUAAUCUCUGAGCCGACCGACAGCGGAUUGCUCUUAAUAUUUUAGAUACGUCGUACACGCAAAUGUCAGCUAAUGGUGUCCGACCUCAUUGAACUAAAGGAAUCGUGUGCCACUAUACCUUUUUUUAAUAUAUUAACUUAAUUAAUUAAAAUUGAACAGAUUAACAUGUAAACCAAAGAAGCCGGCUUCAUUUCCUCUUAAACGCAUGCGGGCGAUAAAUCAAAUCCUGUGCUGCGAUUGGUUAGCCGAAUAUGCAAAAUGAGGUUAUCUUGAUCACUCGCGAAUACCCGCUGCGCCCUGCAGGAAAAUGGUUCAUGCACUAAAAGAAACCCUUUUUGACAAAGCGUCUUCCUUCAUGAUAACUCGAUUUUUUGGACCCAUUCUCGUGCUGUCUCUGUCCAUUAAGACGCAAUAAAACUUGGCCAAUAUCCAUGCAAGCCAUCUUGGACAAACAAGCUUAGUCGAUAACCUGUAUACAUAAAAGUUCGUCAGAAAGGAUCAUAAUUCCACAAACGGAAUAUUUUGUGAAAGCUUGGAUGUCAAUUUUAGUCAGGAACGCGCAAACGUGAAUUAAGGAACUCUGGAAAGACGUUAAACGACUCCAAGGCUUUCUGGAGAAGAUAAAAUGAAUGAGAUGUUGUUAGUUUGAGUUGUUUUUGGCAAAAUUACAUAUGUAGAGGAUAUAUUACACGGCGGUGCAAAGAUAUGAAUUUUAUUUGGAGUGGUAUCAUAUUAUUUGCAAUACGAGAAAAUAAAAUGAUCUCACUGAUCUUGAAUUUUCUUGGGGAGCUUCGGCGGUAUCUGGCCAUCUUGGCCCCACGCUUAGUCAGCAGCGAGAUCCACUGUGUACUCAGGUCAGGCAGAGAAAUUACAGUAUUAUAAUCAUGAUUAAAACUGGGAAUAAUAUUGGUUAAAAUGGAUGACAAACAACGCGCGGUACCUUUUUAUCUGUUCCGUAUAGUUUAGCUGUACAGUACUUAUUACAUAAAUAAAGGAGAAUGGUCAAUUUAGAAGCAAUUCCAUUUAUAAUCGGAAUACUUCCCUCAUUACCCGUGCACCCGCCGUUGGCCACUAGCUUAUAACAGGAAGCGAGGGACGUAGGCCACUCCGUGAGACAUUUGGAAGAAUUACACUGUCAUAGGGAUGCAAAACGUUGAAAUAAUUCUAGAUAACUUCAAACGUAACAGGAGGGUUUUAGAAAACGAAUUGAUCAAGAAGUUACACGCUAAAAUAUUUUUAAAACACGUUUUAAAAACAAAUGACAUUUCUGCGCUACGUUACGCCAUUAUCAAGUUAUAGAUUGAAAAAGUAUAAGGUAUAAUACGACUAUAUAAAAUGUGAAACAAUACAUGAAAUAUUUGCGGGUCCUAUGGUUAUAAUUCCCCAAGGUAAGAAACACAAGAAGAAAAAAAAAAAAUGUACGAAAGUGGUUUUGCUGACGAGAUUAAAAACUGUAGCAUCGAG